AUUUCGUUAACAGUUGUUCAGAAACAGAAGAAGAGGGCAUGGAAGAAGAGGAAGCAUGCCAUAUCUGGCCGUGUCGCGUACAUGACGAAAACCCCUAUCGCUGUACACUGUCGGAUGAACGCAGUAGGUAUGAGUUACAGUUUGACACCUUGAUGGACUUGAUUAUUAUGGUUAAAAAAAUAGCCUUCCCGAACGCAUCGUUUACUCAAAACCGACCGUUACAAAUUGUGAACACUUCCAAAGAAUUUCCUGUUUACAGCAUGACUCAAAAACCAAGAGGAAUAUGUUUGAUAAUAAAUAACGUGGUCUAUGCUAAUCCCUCGAAGGGAAGGCCUGGAUCAGAAAAGGACUGUAAACAUCUACAGGCCACCUUUAGAAAGAUACUCUUUAAAGUGAUCGUUUGUAACAAUUUGACGGACUCGAGCAUAAUUUCUACAAUAAAGAAAAUGUCGACUCGGGAUCAUUCCCAAUAUGACUCUUUUGUGUGCUGUAUUUUAGCACAUGGAGGGCGAGGUACAGUAACUGGCGUGAACCAUAAACGUGUAGAUCUGGAAAAAAUUACAUCUAACUUCCGGGUAUGUGACUGUCCGUCUCUCGCAGGAAAACCCAAAGUAUUCAUCAUUCAGGCUUGCCAAGGUUCCAGAGAACAACGAGGUGUGGAGCUAUACCAGUCAGAUUCCAUUUCUGAUGACACCCCACUUAUGACAUUAGCGGAUGGUGCCGACUUCUUCAUGGCGUAUGCGACAGAACCAGGAUUCAAAUCAUACAGAAACCCACGCACUGGAUCUUUUUUCAUUAACAGUCUGUGUAAAAACAUAAACCAAUACAAGAGCCACGAGUUGUCGCAAAUAAUGCGAAAGGUUUGUGCUGAAAUCACAGAGACCAAUAUUAAUGACGACAUGAAACAGGUUCCUUGGAUAUCGUCCACACUGACCAAGGAUCUGGUUCUCUGGCCAGUGUUCACAGAUAAAACAGUGACAUAAUUACUUUGAAGGGAAGAUCCAAUUUACAGUACACGAGCGAACUAUGUUACCGACUCACAAUCCUUGGACAGUGAUGUUUAACUUGAGUAAUUACCCUUUACUGACUAUCAAUUCCUAGGACUUUUAGGUGUUGGUUUGUCGCGCUACAGCUAAGUGUGGUGACACCUUCGUGACAAACAGGCAGCAAAACAGAUUUGAAAUCUUAUACACAGCCACCGUGACCUCAGAAACUUUAUUGUUGAUAUGUGAACUGUAACGGUCGGUGGACAGCAAGUUUAUAUAGUUGCCAGAAUAUCCUGGGUAUGAGGAAUAUUUUCUUAAUUUGAAACUGGAUUACUGAUCCAGGGAUUCCAACAACAACAACCAAAAAAAAAAAAAAAAAGGAAGAGAAAAAAACAGAGAAAAAAAAAACAACAACAAAAAACCCCAAACAAAACAACACAGCUAUUUCUAGAUAAGUCUUUGGUUCGAAAGCUUAGCAUCAAAGUGAUGUACCAAAUGGUUGAAUCCAUACAAGUAUUUUCUUUAAAAUUAACAAAUGCAGUGGGAUGUAAAGUCAGUUCGGAUUGGAUAUGACCAUUUAGUGCAACAGUGUUGUAUUCAUGAGUAUUACAAUUUGCGUAAGGAACGCAUACGUUUCUUAAAGGGACAUACCCUAGUUUUUAAACACUAAGGCAUAUUUUUGACUAUUAUAGCCGUUUAUGAUCACUGAAA